AGUUGAUUGUAUUCAGGACGGAUCGAGUUGAGGCACGCACUGCUUGCAACCAUCAAAACGGAAAGUCGAAAUUGUCGAAUUGAAAACGGUCUUUCGUGUGAUGUGUUUUUCUCGUGUGUGAUUAUUUAUUUGGAACACAAGUGCAAUUUUAAGUGUAUUGUGUUUUGUGUGAUAAUGGCAACGGUAGUCCUGCCGUCGCCCGCGUGAAUUUGUAAGACUAGUGCAGUGAAACUCCCGGGCCCGCCGCCUUACGCGUCACCCGACCACGAUGAAAAUGGUGUUGUCACAACGGCAACGAGAGGAGCUGAACAAAGCGAUCGCCGAUUAUCUAGGCAGCAAUGGCUACACGGACGCGCUGGAAGCGUUCAAGAAGGAAGCUGACAUGACCGGCGAGAUGGAUCGCAAAUUCGGCGGCCUCCUCGAGAAGAAGUGGACCUCCGUCAUACGGCUGCAGAAGAAGGUGAUGGAACUGGAGUCAAAGUUAUCUGAAGCACAGAAGGAAUUCAUAGAGGGAGCGCCGACUCGUGGCAAGCGCACGCCAGCAGAAUGGAUACCGCGACCACCAGAGAAGUUCAGUCUAUCCGGACACCGGGCCACCAUCACCAAGGUAAUAUUCCACCCAGUGUUCAGUUUGAUGGUGUCCUCGAGCGAGGACGCUACCAUCAAAGUAUGGGAAUUCGAGAGCGGGGAAUACGAACGAACCCUGAAGGGCCACACCGACUCCGUUCAGGAUAUCGCAUUCGACCAUCAUGGAAAACUGCUUGUAUCGUGCAGUGCAGACAUGUCGAUCAAAUUGUGGGACUUCAACCAGACGUUCGAGUGCGUGAAGACGAUGCACGGUCACGACCACAAUGUGUCUUCCGUCGCGUUCUCUCCAAGCGGCGACAUCGUCUACUCGGCCAGCCGGGAUAAGACCAUAAAGGCAUGGGAGGUUGCCACUGGGUACUGCAUCAAGACUUACAAAGGUCACCGCGAGUGGGUGCGAAUGGUUCGCGUUUCUGCCGACGGCAUGUUGCUGGCGUCCUGCUCCAACGACCAGACUGUACGCAUCUGGAACGCUGAUACCAACGAGUGCAAGAUGGAGCUCCGCGAACACGAGCACGUGGUGGAAUGCGUCGCCUGGGCGCCGGAGUCGGCGAGCGCCGCCAUCAACGAGGCGGCCGGCGGAGACAACCGCCGCGCCACCCACGCCGGGCCCUUCCUCGCCAGCGGCUCCCGGGACAAGGCCGUCAAGAUCUGGGACGUGAGCACCGGACAGUGCUUAGCGACGCUGGUAGGGCACGACAACUGGGUCCGCGGGGCCACGUGGCAUCCGGGCGGCCGAUACUUACUCACAGCCUCCGACGAUAAGACAUUGCGAGUGUGGGAUGUCGCCCACAGCCGCUGCCUCAAGACGCUCCUAGCGCACCAACACUUCGCCACCAGCCUAGAUUUCCACAGGAGCUUGCCAUACGUGAUAUCGGGCAGCGUCGACCAAACGGUCAAAGUCUGGGAGUGUCGCUAGGAGCGUUGCCAUUUUAGUAACCUAAACUCACCGAUGAUAUCUUUAUCAUUAUUUUUCACAUUUAUAGCUGCAAUGAGGACAAUGAGUUGCGAUUUUAAUGAUCAAAUCAUUUUAUAAUGGAAGAAUAGUUUUGAUAAUUUAUGAAUGCUCAUUGUACUCUUCUUUCGUUUGCUUGACGAUGCUAUGUCCUACUGGAUUGGAUUCGUCUACUGUUCAUGUCACACACGUCUUCAGUUUAUAGUCGCACAUUCCAUUAAAUUGUAAUGGUUCAUAGUUAGUAUCUGUAAAACGUGACGAGUAUACAUUUUCGAUAAUAUGAAGUAGAAAAUACAGCGGCAUAGCAUCGGUCACGGACCAGACCGGAACGAUAGAGUGAGGCGUCAAAGCUGUGUUAUAAUUUAACAAUUCAUUACUCUUGUUUUAUUUUAUAGUUAUUUUUAUUCCUAAGCGCGUUUAGAUAUAAAUUUUAUUUGUUAAAGUAGUUAAUCAUUUCUUAAUGUCAACUCUAGGAAAACUUGUACCUUGAUUUGUUUAUUUGAUAAUUUAGUUUUAUUAAAUUUGAUAUCGAUGGUUAUUCAUGACAAUCAAGCGGGGGAUCAGUAAUUUUCCCGCGGAACACUCGCGGCGAAGCCCCACAUCUGCCAUUAAGAAAGCAACAUUGUCGUUGGUCUCUGCUCGACACGGUGCCCAUUAUGUUUGUUUGCACCAGUGCUAACAUCAUCAAUGGUCACCCAAGGGGACUCAACGAAUCUGGACGUACUAUAUACUAUCGCGUUUGAUAUUCGGGGAUGUUUAGUGCUUAGCGCUUUUUAGCAUACAGAAGUUUCAUAGGGACUUAUUUUAAGUUUUGGCAAUUCAAAACUUUAACUAUAAGUUAGAGAGUUUUAUUUUAAAGUUUCUAAUUAUUUAUUUACAUGUUCAAUGUUACAUUAUACGUCGCAAAACGAAUUUACUGUUCAGUACAGAGUGAAAAGCUAGGUAAUUGCUAACAAUGCAAUUAUUAAACAUCAUUUGAUUUUAUUCUAAGGCGUUUUCGUUUGAUGUCAUACGAAAAUUUUACGUAAAUUAAAGUGUGUGAUAUAUAAUUAAAAUUUUAAUUUUCCGUCAUCUUUGUGGUAGCUAGAUGCUGAGAUUAAAGCCUAUAUUAUGCCGGAAUAUUAGUUAUUUAUUAUGGUUAUGAAGAAUUGGGUUGCCUGCUAUUUUCUACUAGAAUUUAGUCGUAGUGUUAGUUGAAGUAUGGUCAUAUUAGAAGCUUUGCCGUUCAUGGAUUACUAUGUACAUUACAACUAUUACAAUAACAGUCGCCCCUAUACCGUGCUAGGUUAACUAGUGCUUACGCUUCUGUUAGUUCCGUGUAUCACAAUUAUUAGAUGCUCCACCUACAACAUUGCGUUACAUAGCACGGUGUCGCGCUGUUUAUCAUUAUAAUCAUUACACUCGCUUAAUCAAUGUAAAUUCGUAAAUACACAAUGACCAGGGGGAUUAUUACGAACAUGGUAAUUGGAGAGAGCAGGCCCCUUAUUCACAUUGUCCUAGUACUCUAUCUCAUACCAAACUUGCUAGUAUGUUUUGAUGACUAAUAGAUUUUAUCGAUAAGUAACAGUUUUUGGCGCUCGUGAAUGAGGGGUAAAAAUCAUUGUCAGCUAACUUGUUCAGAUAUUGUCUAAGAAAUUUGAAGUACAUUCUAGUCAUCUGAAAUCAUUUUCUAAAGUUGAUAGUACAAACGCAAUGUUUGUGUAAAUGAUCUUGUUUGUAUACUCUAUUCUAUAGUUUCUGUUUUAUAUUUCUCAUAAACACAGUAACGGAAAUUUUUACUUCGCAUAAAUUUUACUAUACAAUUAAAUUUCAUGUGUACAAAACUUGCUCUCUCUUUAAUUACACAAUCAAAUAAAAUGUGUCUUGGUGUAAAAUAAAAAUAUUAUAAUUAAUACCUAUAAUCUCUUUGACAUACGGCAGUUGCCUAUUAUUUGAAGCUUGCUUUGUUAAAAUAAGAUGUUUGUAUUACAAUUAUUGAGUAAUGUAGGUAAUAACUGCACUCAUCUCAUAAUAUGCUUACCAUAAGUAUGAUAUCUUUGUACCCAUAACGCAAAAUUCUCUCUAGUGGCUUUUUGUAAUGUAAGGCAUCAAGUGAUUAAUGCCAAGGUCAAACCUGGUGAUUGAUGUAUAAGUACUUAUGUAUUCAUUAGAUACACACAACAACUCUUUAGUUUGAUUGGAAUCAAAUAUUCUGAAUGUAUUGGUAAAUUUGUAUACUCAAUUAAAACUGAAGAACUUUGCCUCUUAAGAAAAGGAGAUGGAAAGUAGGUGAGUCUGAAUUUGAAUUUCAUUCUGAAUGUCAUGACUCCAAUCACAUACUUAAAGAGAGAAUUUUGCCUCAAAACUGUUUUUUUUUUUGUCGAAAUUUAUAUAGAGAAUAUAACUACCAAUAUAUCUUAGAAUUUGGUUUAAUAUUUUCUGUAAAUAAAUCAAUUAAAUAUCUAAUUUAUUUUA